AUGGAGUACGAAGAAGGUAACAACGGUCCACCACCCCCUCCUCCCAAUUAUGCUGAGCUUCUACGACAGCUGGAGGAGUUGCGUCAACAGGUCAACCGUGGACCACCUGUGCCUGUGCAGAAUCAAUAUGUAUAUCAAGGUCAGGCAAAUCCAACUGUCCAUAGCAACAUCGCGGCCAAUACUUUCGAGCUAAAAAGAGGACUAAUUCAGAUGGCGGAGAACAUUGCUUUUAGGGGCAAAUCCACAGAUGACCCCAACAAGCAUAUCACUAAGUUCAUUCAGAUUUGCAACACAACAAAGAUGAAUGGAGUGACAGAUGAGCAGGUUCGGCUAAGGCUGUUUCCUUUCUCUUUAGAGGAUUCAACAAAGGACUGGUUAGAGAGUUUGGAGCCAGGAUCAAUUAGAAGUUGGGAUGCUAUGGUGGAAAAUUUUUUGGAGAAAUUCUACCCCCCUAGUGAAGCUAUAAAGAGACAACACGAGAUCAUUGCCUUUCAGAUGACUUCUACAGAGAAUAUCAGAGACGCAUGGGGGAGGUUUAAAUCUUUGAUGAAACGGUGUCCCAACCAUGGGUUAACCCCGACAGUCCAAGUUAUUACAUUUUUCAAGGGAUGUGUGCCUGAAGCACAAAGGGAGUUGAAUUUGAGCUCAGGCAGUAAUUUUCUCAAGAAAAGAGUGAAUGAAGCCAUUGAAGUAAUAGAUGAGUUUGCAUCUAAUGACGAAGGAUGGAGCAACGAAAGGAGUAAGGUGCAUAGGGUAGCGUCUACUACAGAUCAUGAUCCUAUGAGUGCCCUAUCCGACAAGUUGGAUGUGUUGACCAUGAAAUUCGACUGCAUGGCAAUGGGGCAACCGUCUCGAGAACCCCAAGGAAAAAUGGGGGACGUGAACUAUGUGAAUCAAGGGGACAACAACCGAUACUUCAAUAAUCACCGCGCCAACUUCCAGGGUGGAGGAUAUAAUCAGUUCGGGAACAAAUGGCAUCCCAAUCUCUCUUAUGGAAACCCAAAUAAUGCUCUGCAACCACCCCCGGGGUUCACAGUUACUGAUGGGGUGGUUAAUGAUCCGAAGAAGAUGACCACGGAAGACAUACUCAAGUCUUUCAUGCUACAGUCCAACAACCUCAUGGAGCAGAACAAUCAAAGGAUGGAGAAGGUUGAGACAGAUGUACAAAGUAUGGCCACUCAUCUGAAGAACAUCGACACACAGAUAAGCCAGAUUUCCCAGACUGUGACUCCCUCACUGCCUGCGACCACAUCUGAUACCGUUCUUGAGCCCAAGGCUACCGUGGCAGAGAAGGAAAAUGAGGCUGAAAAGGAGAAUACUGGCACCACUUCUGGAGUAAAGGUGCCAUUCCCACAGAUGCCUAAGUACGCUAAGUUUCUGAAGGAGGUGAUAGCCCAGAAGACUAGUUGGGGGCAGGUUGACACUAUUAACCUAACUGAAAAUUGCAGUGCUCUGCUGCAAAGGAAACUGCCUGCCAAGCUGAAGGACCCUGGAAGUUUCACUGUCGACUGCCUCAUUGGGGGCUAUAAGGUGGAAAAUGCUCUCUACGAUCUAGGUGCGAGCAUCAAUCUAAUGCCACUAUCGGUGUUCAAGCAACUGAACAUCGGUACUUUGAAGCCCACCUCAGCCACACUACAGAUGGCAGACAUAUCUGUCGCGUAUCCAGAGGGCAUCGUGGAAGACCUACUGAUUAAGGUCGGGGAAUUUAUUUUUCCUGCCGACUUUAUGGUCUUGGACAUGGAAGAAGACAAUGGAGUCCCCCUACUGCUAGGACGUCCCUUCCUUGCCACUGUUGAGGCAAAUAUAAAUGUGAAAAGGGAGAGUUGA